GCGCUCACCGCCCCCCGGCCCCGCCGGUGCACCGGGCGGCGGGGGAUGCUCCCGCUGUCGCCGCCGCCGCCGCCGUCGCCGCCGCCUCCCCCCGCCCCGCCGCCUCCGGGCCCACCGUCCCGCAGCCGCUGCCCGGCCCCGCCGAGACCCCGGCCCCGGCCCCGGCCCCGGCCCCGUCCUGCGGGUCCUUGUCCACGCGGGACGCUGUCUCCUCCAGCCUCCACCGCUCGCCCGAGCCGAGCCCCGCAGGUCAGCGUGGGAGCCCCGCUGCUGAGCCAUGCCGGGCCCCAGGCAGCCUGCCGUGAGCCCAACCCCGGCACCCACAUAGUCAUGAACAACCACAGCCACAAUGGCUGCGGGGGGCGGCCGCUGGGAGGCGGGCUGGGGGCCCUGACCCGAGACCCUCCAGACGCCGAGGCCAGCUGCCCCCUGCAGCCCCCACACAGUCCGGGCCUCCAGGUCGUGGUGGCCAAGAACGAGCUUGGCGGGCCCUCACCCGGCAGCCCGCGCGGGCAUUCCCAGGACCAGGAGGAGGAGGAAGACGAGGAGGAGGAUGAGGUGGGGGGGCAGCGGGGCUCCCGGAGGCCCCCCAACGUGGGCCACCGCCUGGGCCACCGGCGGGUGCUCUUCGAGAAGCGGAAGCGCCUCAGUGACUACGCCCUCAUCUUUGGCAUGUUUGGCAUCGUUGUCAUGGUGACAGAGACGGAGCUGUCCUGGGGGGUCUACACUAAGGAGUCCCUGUACUCAUUUGCACUCAAAUGCCUCAUCAGCCUCUCCACAGUCAUCCUGCUGGGUCUGGUUAUCCUCUACCAUGCCCGGGAAAUCCAGCUGUUCAUGGUGGACAACGGGGCGGACGACUGGCGCAUCGCCAUGACGUGCGAGCGCGUGCUGCUCAUCUCGCUGGAGCUGGCCGUGUGCGCCAUCCACCCGGUGCCCGGCCACUACCGCUUCACCUGGACGGCGCGCCUGGCCUUCACCUACGCGCCGGCGGCGGCCGAGGCCGACGUGGACGUGCUGCUGUCCGUGCCCAUGUUCCUGCGCCUCUACCUGCUGGGCCGCGUCAUGCUGCUGCACAGCAAGAUCUUCACGGACGCCUCCUCCCGCAGCAUCGGCGCGCUCAACAAGAUCACCUUCAACACGCGCUUCGUCAUGAAGACGCUCAUGACCAUCUGCCCCGGCACCGUGCUGCUGGUCUUCAGCAUCUCCUCCUGGAUCAUCGCCGCCUGGACCGUGCGCGUCUGCGAGAGGGGAAACAUGUACCACGACAAACAGGAAGUGACCAGCAACUUCCUGGGGGCCAUGUGGCUCAUCUCCAUCACCUUCCUCUCCAUUGGCUACGGAGACAUGGUGCCGCACACCUACUGCGGGAAGGGCGUGUGCCUGCUCACCGGCAUCAUGGGGGCUGGCUGCACGGCGCUCGUGGUGGCUGUGGUGGCCCGGAAGCUGGAGCUCACCAAGGCAGAGAAGCACGUGCACAACUUCAUGAUGGACACACAGCUCACCAAGCGGGUGAAAAACGCCGCUGCUAACGUUCUCAGGGAGACGUGGCUCAUCUACAAACACACCAGGCUGGUGAGGAAGCCAGACUACGCCCGGGUUCGGAAACACCAGCGUAAGUUCCUCCAAGCCAUCCAUCAACCCAGAAUGCCAUGUACGACCUCAUGUCCGAGCUGCACGCCCAGCACGAGGACCUGGAGGCCCGCCUGGCUGCCCUGGAGAGCCGCCUGGAUGCGCUGGGCACCUCCCUGCAGGCCUUGCCUGGCCUCAUCACCCAAGCCAUACACCCACUUCCCCCGCCCCUGCCUCCCCAGCCUGGCGCCCCAGACCAGGCAGCCCAGAGCUCCCCAUGCCGGUGGCCACCCGUGGCCCCCUCAGACUGCGGGUGAUGGCCCUGCCCACCACCAGACCCCACAAUCUUGGCCAUUGUGUGGCCGCCACCUCCACACCAUCCAGGCAGGCCGGUCUCAUUGUGCCUCUUGGAGAACAGGAGCCAGAGCUGAUUGGGCUGAGCGGCCAGGGGCCCGUCCCACCCAGACUGUCUGGACAGGGGUGGCUGCUGCCUGCUUUCUCCCUGAUUGGAGCUUAGGGAGCCCAGGGCGUCCUCCGGUUCCCUGGCCCCUAACUCUCCCCAGGCCCCCGGUGGGCUCAGAGCAGCAGGGAGAGGGGUCCUUGCCGGUUCUUAAUAAAGCAGGACCCAGCCAGUUGCUGCGUGUUGUGUGUAGUUGGGGGACACUCAUAGUCACAAUAUGGGAGGUGGACACCUGGCCUGGGUCCCCAGAAUGGAUAGGGGGGUUAAGGUGAGUCAAGCCCCAUCAUCUUCCUAGCCGGGCAGUCUCCUGAGCCGGAGCCUGAGGAC